AUGGACUACAAAAGAAGCCCAAAAUUGAAAAACGAUGGUCUCCUGUCUGUAUGGUCCAAUACCCAAAACCAGAUCCGGUUUCCUAAUCAACAUUCAUCAUAUGAUUUCGUACCGGCGAAUCUCGCCGCCGUUAAACCCUUACAGACCUCCUGCAUUCGCCGGUGGACAUUCAAGGAGCCAAGUCUCCUCCCAUGGUGGUUUCUCCCUCCAAUGCCCAUCAGUAACCCUACGAAACGGCCCAUCUGCGUCGCGCGAUCGUUUCUCAAAGAAGAGCUCUCUCAAGCCGUGUCUCGUCUCGAGUCCCUGACAAAGCAAGGGAUUCGCUUACCCUUCGAAGUCCUUGCCUCGCUUCUCCAGCGUUGUGGAGACACGAAGUCUUUGAAACAAGGCAAAUGGAUUCAUCGCCACUUGAAGAUUACCGGAUUCAAGACACCGAACACGCUUUUGUCAAAUCAUCUGAUCGGAAUGUACAUGAAAUGCGGUAAACCUGUCGACGCACGUAAGGUGUUCGAUAAAAUGCAUUUCAGAAACUUGUAUUCGUGGAACAAUAUGAUCUCUGGGUAUGUUAAGUCAGGGAUGUUGACUCGUGCACGAGAAGUGUUCGACGGUAUGUUGGAGAGGGAUGUUGUCUCUUGGAACACGAUGGUUAUUGGUUACGCGCGGUGUGGGGAAUUAAAUGAAGCUCUUUGGUUUUAUAGAGAGUUGAGGAGAUCUGGAAUCAAGUACAAUGAGUUCAGCUUCGCGGGGGUUUUGACUGCUUGUGUGAAAUCAAGGGAGAUCCAGCUUACCCGGCAAGCUCACGGGCAGGUUCUUGUUGCUGGGUUUCUCUCAAAUGUGGUUCUAUCUUGUUCCAUCAUCGAUGCGUAUGCUAAAUGUGGUCAGAUGGAGAGUGCUAAAAGAUGUUUCGAUGAGAUGGCAGUGAAGGAUGCUCAUAUCUGGACCACUCUCAUCUCUGGAUAUGCCAAAGUAGGUGAUAUGGAAGUGGCUAAAGAGUUAUUCUUUAAAAUGCCAGAGAAAAAUCCAGUGUCUUGGACAGCAUUAAUUGCUGGAUAUGUUAGAGAAGGGUCAGGGGACCACGCGCUUGAUUUGUUUAGGAAAAUGAUUGAUUUGAGGGUUAAACCAGAGCAGUUUACUUUCAGCAGCUGUCUCUGUGCCUCUGCGAGCACUGCAUCUCUUAGACACGGGAAGCAAAUCCAUGGAUACAUGAUCCGUACAAAUGUUGUACCCAAUGCGAUUGUUAUUAGUUCUUUGAUCGAUAUGUACUCCAAAUCAGGGAGUUUGGAGACAAGCGAGCGGGUUUUCAGUCUUUACGGUGAUGACAACAAGCAAGACUGUGUUCUGUGGAAUACUAUGAUUUCUGCUUUAGCGCACCACGGGCUUGGCCACAGGGCCUUGCGCAUGCUUGAUGACAUGAUCAAAAUCAGAGUAAAUCCGAACCGGACAACUCUGGUUGUGAUUCUCAGUGCAUGUAGUCACUCAGGUCUGGUGGAGGAAGGAGUCAGGUGGUUUGAUUCAAUGACUGUUGAUUAUGGGAUCGUUCCCGACCAAGAACAUUACGCAUGUCUGGUAGAUCUCCUAGGUCGUGCCGGUUGUUUUAAAGAGUUGAUGAGGAGAAUGGAGAAAAUGCCUUUUAAACCGGACGAGCAUGUCUGGAAUGCGAUCCUAGGAGUAUCAAGGAUCCAUGGAAAUGUAGAAUUGGGGAAGAAAGCAGCUGAAGAGCUGAUCAGACUGGACCCUGAGUCGUCUGCGCCAUACAUACUACUGUCGAGCAUUCACGCAGAUCAUGGGAACUGGGAAUCAGUAGAGAAGCUGAGAGGGAUUAUGAAGAAGAGAAGGGUGAAUAAAGAAAAAGCUCGUAGUUGGAUUGGAAUUGGGGAGAAAGUUGAAACUUUCACAGUGUCAGACGGGUGGCAUCAUCCUCGUAAAGAAGAGAUCUACUACGUUCUGCACAAUCUGGCUGCACUAAUGGAAGAAGAAGAAGAAGAAGCUUCAAGAACAUGAUCCUCUUACAAGAAGGGAGAACUGUACACUGUUAAAGCCUGCAAAAGCAGGGGAGUUAUACGUGUUGUGAUGAUUUGAUUUUAGCUUCAAAAGUUUUUUUCUGCAGGCAGUUUGAUUCGGUAUUGGCUGAGUUAUUACAAAAGAAUGGAGAUGGCAGGUGAGCUAGAAAUGAGACAAUAAAAGACAAGCGACCAAUACUUGUGAUGUCUCCAUCGAAUUUAUGGCAAACCAAACGAUGCCACAAGCCAGUAACCCCGUUUUGUCUUAACCCGUGACUAAGUUCUGUGCAUCCAUCAGAUCUUUUUAGUUUGCGUCAUUUACAAUCCAGUUGAUAUCUCUUGCAUCCAACUACUGGUAGUUGAAG